CGAGGGAGGAGGUGACCGUGCUGCUUUUCUCGAGGAAUACUAGACAUAACCUGUUAAUAAAGGAAAGAAGAAGGUUUGCCGUGCUCUGAAAUGCAAUAAGUGCACAUCCAACGCUACCGCAUGAAGAAAGAGUCGCAUUUUUAACAGAUAUAUUUACUUGGACGCUCGCUGCACGAAGAUUCUAGCCUCAGAGAGGACACAGAGGAAACCCAUGGGUUCACAGAGCAGAAUCUCGUGAGCUGCAUGCUCGGAAUAUAUCUGAAAUUCAAAGGGAAGUUCGCGAUAGAACCGACAGUGUUUUGGAACUGAUAAGAGCGCUUUCUGGGAUUUGUAAAACUUUCUUUUGCAUCGGAAUUUAAGGCCUCCCUCGCGCUCGCAGAAGUUCACAGAUUCCUCUGAACAUGGCAGACAGCGAAGACACCUUUCGGCUCCAAAACUCUCCCAGUGACACCGAUUCAAAAGAUGUCCCUAACGAUGGUAAAUCAGACAAACAGAUAGGAGCCGUCAGCAAGUCCCCGUCAUCACAGACAACCUACAUUCAACAGGGAAUGGAAGGGAUAAAAGUUUACCUGCACGAGCGAGAGUUGUGGGCAAAGUUUCAUGAAGUGGGAACUGAAAUGAUCAUCACCAAAGCCGGGAGGCGGAUGUUCCCAAGCUUCAAAGUGAAGGUCACCGGGUUGAACCCAAAAACCAAAUACAUUCUUCUGAUGGAUGUCGUGCCAGCGGACGAACACCGCUAUAAGUUCGCCGAUAACAAAUGGUCUGUGACGGGGAAGGCAGAACCUGCGAUGCCGGGAAGGUUGUACGUACAUCCGGAUUCUCCAGCCACGGGAGCGCAUUGGAUGCGGCAACUGGUGUCUUUCCAGAAGCUGAAGUUAACCAACAACCACCUUGAUCCGUUCGGACAUAUUAUCCUGAAUUCAAUGCAUAAAUAUCAGCCCAGGAUUCACAUCGUAAAAGCAGAUGAAAAUAACGGAUUUGGAUCCAAAAACACCGCUUUCUGCACUCACGUGUUCCCGGAAACGGCGUUCAUUGCAGUUACGUCUUACCAAAACCAUAAGAUCACCCAACUGAAGAUCGAGAACAAUCCCUUCGCUAAGGGCUUUCGUGGAAGUGACGAUCUGGAGCUGCAUCGCAUGUCAAGAAUGCAGAGCACCAAGGAGUAUCCAGUGGUCCCUCGCAGUACCGUACGCCAGCGGGUCGGCACCAGCCAGAGUCCGUUCGCCGGGGACGUCCAAGUUCUGUCUACUCCCAGCGGCAUGAGCUCUCAGUACUCCUGCGAGAACGGGGUCACGAGCACAUCGCAAGAUCUGCUGCCUCAGUCGAGCUCUUAUCCUCUGCCCCACGAACACAGCCAAGACUAUCACUGCAUCAAGAGGAAAGUUGAGGAUGACUGUCAUGUGGGAGAGCACUCGUACAAGAAGACCUUUGUGGAAACCUCCUCCAGCGAGGAUGAUCACUACUAUCGGCCCGUGAGCUACUCUCAGUCUCUGGGUCUCAGUGGCGCCCCCUACAGGCCCGAGUCCAGUCAGCGGCAGGCGUGCAUGUACGCCAGUGCGUCGCAGUCCACCGAGCCUGUGCCCAGCCUGGAAGACAUCAGCUGCAACACCUGGACGGGCGUCUCACCUUACGCCGGCUGCUCGGUGACCACCAUGCAGCAGAUGGAGCGACUGCCCUACCAGCACUUCUCAGCUCACUUCACCUCAGGACCCCUCAUGUCCAGAUUGAGCGGCGUCGCGGGCCACGCCUCACCGCAGCUGGGCGACACUCAUGCCAUGUACCAGGGUUCCAUGUCCCAUCAGUCACUGGGCCGCCAAUGCAGUCCAAGUGCAGGAAUCCAGUCGCCGACGGCCGGCCUGCAGGGCAACGAGUACUUGUACACUCACAGUAUACCUCGCACCCUGUCUCCUCACCAGUACCACACCGUGCACAGUGUCAGCAUCAUGCCCGACUGGAAUGAGGGCAGCUAACUGGAUUCUCUUGAGCAGCGUAUGGAGGAGAGGCGCUUUCCUGCGUAUUUAUAACUUGUGAGAGUUUGCGGCGUAGGCAACUUAACAGUAAACAGUUGGAGGUGGGUUCAGCUGGCUGAGGCAGCGAUGAAUGUCUCAGUGUUUGAGCAGGACAGUAACAUGAGACUUAUAUUUGCAUGACGCUGACUGUAUAUCAGGGACAAAGAUCUUUUCACUUUUCAUGCAAGGACAAAUGCACAAGGAUGCCAACCUUUAAUUGACAAAUCUUUUAUAAACAAAAAAGAAAAAGGUUACAGAGUAACUGAGGAAACCAAUCCAGUUUUAUAAUUUUUUUCCUAGGGCUGCAAAAGAUUAAUCGUGAUUAAUCGCAUUCAAAAAUAAAAGGUUGUUUACGAACUAUAUGUGUGCGUACCGUGUACAUUUAUUAUGUACAUAUAAACACACACACACACACAUAUAUAGUGUAUAGAUACAAAUAUUGGUAAAAAUGAUACAUUCAUGCGUGUGUAUUUAUAUAUACAUACAUUAUACAACUUUUAUUUUGAAUGCAAUUAAUUGAGAUUAAUCAAUCUUUUUGCCGUCCUAUUUUUUAUUUCAUUAUCGGAGUUGUUUUUGACACUGUACUUUGAGGCAGUAGUACAGAACAAGUCUUUGGGGUCUUCUUGAUGGUUUCUGUUAACCUGUAGACUAAUGUGAGCACCACACAGAUCUGUUGAAGUGCUGAUUUUAGUUGAAGUAGAACACAUUUUGGUAGUGCAGAUUUUGUUCAGGGAAGUUUACUUCCACUUAAAUCACAUUUCACAAAUCAUUUGUCUCUGAACUACCAGCAUGUCCACGAUCCAAGAAGUGAGUACAAAUUCAUUGGAUAAAUAACCUUAAAGUACGACAGAUUGAAAGUUUGAUCCUUUCUAUAAGCUAGGUAUCAUGGACAUCCUGGCCUCGGAGUCUCUUUUAGUAAACACAAGAGUAACAUCUUCAGACACUGAAGAGAUUCUCAGAGCACUGUUCACAGUUAACUCACGUUUUCUACGACAUCUGAGACACAAUAAUACAACAGACGUUGGUAUGGAGAUCUUUAUUUUUGGACACUUGUAGUCAGCAGAUUUUUCUGUUAAUAGUAUUUAUUUUUUCUUGUAUUAUAAAACUUUUUCCUUUUUCUUUUUUUCAGUACUUUGAGUUUGGUAGUCAAAUUUUCUUUUUACUUAAAAAAUAAACUAUGUAACCAGUCUGAUUUAUAAUUUUGAACUCUUAUGAAUAACUGUCAAAAACAUACAAAUAUGAAUUACUUGGCUGUACAAAUGUACAUAGAAAACAGAAUAAAUGUAAA